AAAAAGUCUGUGGGAAUAUGGGAUUAUUAGGAAAGAAAAGCACAUUUGUUUGAAGGUUCCAUUGUGAUACUAAUAUUCAAGCAUAAUUUAGAGGUUAAAGUGGACAGGCUUGUAUCUCUGUGGGGCCCGUUGACACCCUGAGGCCAGAAUGUUCCUUUGAAAGCAGUGGGGAUCGGUUCCGGUUCCCCUCGGACUCUGAAAAGGAUGAAAAAGUGCUUUUCAGUCAGAAUCCUUCAGGUUUGGCAGACCGCUCUGGAGAGGGAUGAGUUCAGCUUUUUUCACACAAAACAUCCCAUUCUAUUUUGAAUAAUCAGUGAAGCUUUUUAAAGCCAAAUUUUCAAAAUAAAAAAUGACUAAAUUUUAUUCUCAUUAAAGCACAAACAAGGGCUGUGUUUUGUUACUAUCUACUGGUAUCAAAAUAAUUAGUUGUGUAAUAUAAAAAGAGCCUUGUUACUGAAAAAAAAAAAAAAAACAGUUGAGUUUUUCCCUUGUGUUGGCCUCUGCAAACAAAGUGCUGAAUUGCACCAGCUUUGCUCUGAAGGGGAAAAGGAGUAAAAAAAAAAAAAAAAACUUUAGCCUGCACAGUGGUCCCGUUUUUAGCUGAAAGGGCGUGCACACAGAACGCUUUCCCAGGCAGAGCACAAGCAAAAAGAGCCAGAGUGGAGCUGUUAAAUUCUACGACUGCCUUCUGUUUCCUGCUGAAACCUGGUUUACCCCGUUUUUCAGGAAUAGACCUCCGUGGUGUUUCCGGGCCGAAGCCCCUCAAACCUCAGCGGUCCCUCCCAGGAACCCCCGUUUCCAUCUCACACCCCCCCAUCGACCUGCGCACAUCAAUGGAGGAAAAAUACAAAGAGAUCGCAGAGGAGCUGUUCACGCGCAGCAUGGCGGAGAGCGAGAUGCGCAGUGCGCCGUACGAGUUCCCCGAGGACAGCCCCAUCGAGCAGCUGGAGGAGCGGCGGCACCGCCUGGAGAGGCAGAUCAGUCAGGAUAUUAGGCUUGAGCCAGAGAUCUUGCUCCGCGCCAAACAGGACUUCAUGAAAAUCGACAGUGCUGCAGACCUCGAACUGAUGAAGGACACGAGUGUGGACACCGUCCACAUGGGCUUUCAGGAGAGACAGAUGCCGCUGGAGAGGGAGUACCAGCGAGUCUCCAUCUCUGGAGAGGAGAAGUGUGGGGUGCCCUUCACGGACCUCGUAGAUGCUGCCAAAUGUGUGGUGAAGGCGUUGUUCAUCAGGGAGAAGUACAUACACCGCUCCUUACAGACCUUCUGUAAGACCACGGCUCACGCGCUGCACGACCUCGGGACCAAGACUCUGGAUCUGGGGAUCUACGACGACGUUCCAGAGACGCCCGUAGAUGCCGACGCUCCUGUCCAUCCUCCCGUCUCAGAGACUCAUCCGUACGACGACAUGGACUCCAUGAUUCUGCCGCCCGACGCAGGAUAUGGAUGCAAGAUGGUGGAUGGCGUGGUGCACGUGUUCACCAGGAGCUACAACAUGGACAAGAGCACAGAGCUGGAGCUGCUGUAUCCAGAUUUGAAAGAGUACAUCGCAGACAUGAACGUCAUGAUGUCCCUCAUCAUCAACGGGCCGGUGAAGUCGUUCUGCUAUCGCCGCCUGCAGUACCUGAGCUCUAAGUUUCAGAUGCACAUCCUCCUGAACGAGAUGAAAGAGCUCGCAGCUCAAAAGAAGGUUCCUCACCGGGAUUUCUACAACAUCAGAAAGGUGGACACGCACAUCCACGCGUCGUCCUGCAUGAACCAGAAGCAUCUGCUGCGCUUCAUCAAGAGAGCCAUGAAGAAGUACCAAGGAGAGAUCGUCCACGUGGAGUGCGGCCGCGGGCAGACGCUCAAGGACGUGUUUGAGAGCAUGAACCUGACGGCCUACGACCUGAGCGUGGAUACGCUGGACAUGCACGCGGACCGAAACACGUUUCAUCGAUUUGAUAAGUUCAACUCCAAGUACAACCCCAUCGGAGAAUCCAUCCUCAGAGAGAUCUUCAUCAAGACCGACAACUACAUUGAAGGAAAAUACUUUGCACAUAUAGUAAAGGAGGUCAUGUCUGACCUUGAGGAGAGCAAAUACCAAAACUCUGAGCUGCGCCUGUCCAUCUACGGCCGCUCCCGUGACGAGUGGGACCGGCUGGCUCAGUGGGCGGUCACUCACAGGGUGUACUCUGAUAACGUGCGCUGGCUCGUCCAGGUGCCUCGACUCUUUGAUGUGUACCACACAAAGAAGCAGCUGGCUAACUUCCAGGAGAUGCUGGAGAACAUCUUCAUGCCUCUCUUUGAGGUCACCAUCAAUCCCCGCAGUCAUCCUGAGCUGCACCUCUUCCUGGAACACGUGGUGGGCUUCGACAGCGUCGACGACGAGUCCAAACCCGAGCAUCACAUUUUCAACCUCGACAGUCCUUUACCUGCUGACUGGACUGAGGAAGACAACCCACCGUACUCCUACUACCUCUACUACACCUACGCCAACAUGACCGUUCUCAACCAGCUCAGGAGGCAGCGAGGCCUCCACACGUUCGUGCUGCGCCCUCACUGUGGAGAAGCUGGUCCGAUCCACCACCUGGUGUCAGGUUUCAUGUUGUCAGAGAACAUCUCCCACGGACUGCUGCUCCGAAAGGCUCCAGUGCUCCAGUAUCUGUACUACUUGGCUCAGGUUGGCAUCGCCAUGUCACCGCUGAGCAACAACAGCCUGUUCCUCAGCUACCACCGCAACCCACUGCCGGAGUAUCUGUCCCGAGGCCUCAUGAUCUCCCUGUCCACCGAUGACCCUCUUCAGUUCCACUUCACCAAAGAACCUCUGAUGGAAGAGUACAGCAUCGCCGCUCAGGUGUGGAAACUGAGCUCCUGUGAUAUGUGUGAGCUGGCGAGGAACAGCGUCCUCAUGAGCGGCUUCUCUCACAGGGCUAAGAGCUACUGGCUCGGCCCGAACUACUACAAGGAAGGUCCCGAGAGCAACGACAUCCGCCGCACCAACGUUCCGGACAUCCGCGUGGCGUACCGCAGCGAGACGCUGACGGAGGAGCUUCACCUCAUCACUCACGCCGUGCGCACGGAGGAGCUGGACUCCAUCGAUGAGGAGGACUCGCUGACCAUGGGUCCCGUCUCGGGCCGGCGCUGAAGCCUCGGCGCUGCUUCCUGCUCCGAACGCCAAGGUUACGCUGCCGCCUCGUUUCUGAGGGUCGGCGGUCGUCCACAUCAGUCGUAGAUUUUUUUUUUCGAUCCCUGACAUGGUCUUAAGUUCCCUCGAUGACUCGUGGAAGGGGAGUCCAAUUCACUUUUCCUUUGAUUUGGUGUUUAGUCGACUAAGUCGAAGGUUUGCUGGGAUCAACGUUCACCGUGGGUCAUCGGGCCGGUCUCUGCAUGCGUCGGUUUGCUCCCCCGCCCCGGAUGACCCCCGUCGUGUCUGCUGUGACACACGGAUGCACCGGCAUGCCUAAACAUCCUACAGUCACAGCUGAACUUCCACCGUGCAGUCCAGUCGCAUAUAUAUCUAUGCUAGCUGCACUUGCACGACAUAUAGCGGACCGUCUUGGACCUGCGACAGCCCGCCAUGGCGGCUGGUCGUCAUACUUGCACAAUAAACUCGUGUGUCUGAAUGCUGCGGCGCUAAAUUGUA